GAAAACAUUAUUGCAGAAACCGUGUGGGAGAUGUUUGGUUUCACACCAAAACAGACCAAUUUCUCUUUCUGCUUAGUUUUUGACGGCUUAAUGUGAGGGUGGAAGAAAUGAACUGGAGAACUGCAGAACAGGCGAGUCUGAAGCGCGGGAGACCAGGACAAAAUGGCCAAAAUGGAGGUCAAGACAUCGCUUUUAGACGACAUGAUAGGGGUGGGAGAUAUGGUUCUCCUAGAGCCACUUAAUGAAGAUUCCUUCAUCAAUAACCUGAAGAAGCGCUUUGAUCACAAUGAGGUUUAUACGUACAUUGGCAGCGUGGUGAUAUCAAUAAACCCCUACAGAUCUCUACCCAUUUAUAAUCCAGAGAAAGUGGAAGAAUACAGAAACCGAAACUUUUAUGAACUCAGUCCUCACAUCUUUGCUCUGGCUGAUGAAGCUUACAGGUCUUUAAGGGACCAAGACAAAGACCAAUGCAUCCUUAUCACAGGAGAGAGUGGAGCUGGGAAAACAGAGGCAAGCAAACUUGUCAUGUCAUAUGUAGCUGCUGUGUGUGGAAAAGGGGCAGAGGUUAAUCAAGUAAAAGAACAACUUUUGCAGUCGAAUCCAGUCCUUGAAGCUUUUGGAAAUGCCAAAACUGUGCGGAAUGACAACUCUUCUAGAUUUGGAAAAUACAUGGAUAUCGAGUUUGAUUUCAAGGGUGACCCACUUGGGGGAGUUAUAAGCAACUAUCUGCUAGAGAAGUCUCGUGUUGUGAAGCAGCCAAGGGGUGAAAGAAACUUCCACAUUUUCUAUCAGAUCCUGUCUGGUGCAUCAGAAGAGUUUCUCUGCAAACUCAAGCUGGAGAGGGACUUCAGCAGAUACAACUACCUGGGCCUUGAUUCUGCCAGAGUGAAUGGAGUGGAUGAUGCUUCAAACUUCAGAACAGUCAGGAAUGCAAUGCAGAUUGUUGGGUUUAUGGAUCAUGAAACACAGUCGGUUUUUGAAGUAGUGGCAGCCGUUCUGAAAUUGGGAAAUAUCGAAUUUAAGCCUGAAUCUCGUGCAAAUGGCCUAGAUGAAAGUAAAAUCAAAGAUAAAAAUGAACUCAAGGAAAUCUGUGAGUUGACAGGUAUAGACCAGUCUGUACUGGAGAGAGCUUUCAGCUUCCGGACAGUUGAGGCCAAACAAGAGAAAGUUUCAACAACACUAAAUGUGGCUCAGGCUUAUUAUGCCCGUGAUGCUCUGGCUAAGAAUUUAUACAGUCGGCUGUUCUCCUGGCUUGUUACCAGGAUUAAUGAGAGCAUUAAGGCACAAACAAAAGUGAGAAAGAAGGUAAUGGGGGUGCUGGACAUCUAUGGCUUUGAAAUUUUUGAGGACAACAGCUUUGAGCAAUUCAUUAUCAACUACUGUAAUGAGAAGUUGCAGCAGAUCUUCAUUGAACUUACCCUCAAAGAAGAGCAGGAGGAAUACAUCCGAGAGGGGAUUGAAUGGACUCAUAUUGAAUAUUUCAACAAUGCUAUCAUUUGUGACCUAAUAGAAAACAACCAAACUGGAAUCCUGGCCAUGCUGGAUGAAGAAUGCCUGAGACCAGGAACUGUUACCGAUGACACCUUUUUAGAAAAACUGAACCAGGUCUGUGCCACUCACCAGCAUUUUGAGAGCAGGAUGAGCAAGUGCUCCCGGUUCCUCAAUGACACCUCCCUGCCUCACAGCUGCUUCAGGAUUCAGCAUUACGCUGGCAAGGUUAUGUACCAGGUGGAAGGAUUUGUUGACAAAAAUAAUGAUCUUCUGUACCGUGACCUCUCCCAGGCCAUGUGGAAGGCCAACCACUCCCUUAUCAAAGCACUGUUCCCAGAAGGAAACCCUGCUAAGAUCAAUCUGAAGAGACCACCAACAGCAGGUUCACAGUUCAAGGCUUCAGUUGCUACCCUGAUGAAAAAUCUCCAGACAAAAAAUCCAAACUACAUCAGGUGUAUCAAGCCCAAUGACAAAAAGGCUGCACACAUUUUCAACGAAGCCCUGGUGUGCCACCAGAUCCGGUACCUCGGGCUCCUGGAGAACGUGCGGGUCAGGAGAGCGGGCUACGCCUUCCGGCAGCCCUACGAGCCCUGCCUGGAGAGGUACAAAAUGCUCUGCAAGCAGACCUGGCCCCACUGGAGAGGGCCAGCCAGGGCUGGAGUAGAGGUGCUGUUUAAUGAAUUGGGAAUCCCUGAAGAUGAAUUUUCAUUCGGUAGAUCAAAGAUAUUCAUCCGCAACCCAAGAACACUCUUCAAACUAGAAGACCUGAGAAAGCAGCGUUUGGAGGACUUGGCUACUCUAAUUGAAAAGAUUUACAGAGGCUGGAAGUGCCGUACUCGCUUCUUGUUGAUGAAAAAAUGCCAGAUUGUGAUCGCUUCCUGGUACAGGAGAUAUGCACAACAAAAAAAAUACCAGAAGAUAAAGAGUUCGGCUAUUACAGUACAGUCGUACAUCAGAGGGUGGAAGGCUCGGAAAGUUCUUCGGGAACUCAAGCAUCUGAAGCGUUGUAAUGAGGCUGCCACAGUAAUUGCUGCUUAUUGGCAUGGUACCCAGGCUCGGAGGGAGUUGAAACGUUUGAAGGAGGAGGCUAGGCGUAAGCAUGCUGUGGCAGUCAUUUGGGCUUACUGGCUUGGACUGAAGGUCCGUAGAGAAUACAGGAAAUUCUUCAGAGCCAAUGCUGGAAGAAAAAUUUAUGAAUUUACCCUUCAGAGACUCAUGCAAAAAUACUUCUUGGAAAUGAAGAAUAAGAUGCCUUCUUUAUCACCAAUAGAUAAAAACUGGCCAGCGAGGCCUUACCUUUUCUUGGAUUCAACUCACAAGGAACUAAAGAGGAUUUUCCAUUUGUGGAGGUGUAAAAAGUACAGAGAUCAGUUCACAGAUCAGCAGAAGCUUAUAUAUGAAGAGAAACUGGAAGCAAGUGAACUUUUCAAGGACAAGAAGGCUUUAUAUCCAGCCAGUGUUGGGCAGCCAUUCCAAGGGGCUUACUUGGAGAUCAGCGAGAACCCCAAGUACAAAAAACUCAAAGAUGCCGUGGAUGAAAAGAUCAUCAUUGCAGAAGUUGUGAAUAAGAUCAAUAGAGCCAAUGGGAAGGCUGCAUCCAGGAUUUUCUUAUUAACCAAAAAUAAUGUUCUUCUUGCGGAUCAAAAGUCUGGGACUAUCAAGUCAGAGGUUCCACUGGGAGAUGUUACCAAAGUGUCCAUGAGCUCCCAAAAUGAUGGAUUCUUUGCAGUGCACCUCAAGGAGGGUUCAGAAGCCGCCAGUAAAGGAGAUUUCCUGCUCAGCAGUGAUCACCUUAUUGAAAUGGCCACUAAACUUUACCGCACUACUCUCAGCCAGACCAAACAGAAGCUCAACAUUGAGAUAUCUGAUGAGUUCCUGGUCCAGUUCAAACAAGACAAAGUGUGUGUGAAGUUCAUACAAGGCAGCCAGAAAAACGGCAACAUCCCAACUUGCAAGCGAAAAAACAAUCGGCUUCUUGAAGUGGCCGUCCCUUAACUGCAGCUGGUGACUCUCCCUUUCAUGGACUUGUUUCUUUGUAAUUGUGCAAUUUUAGUGGUUUGGUUUUGCUAUUUUUAUCCCUUUCUGGAGCUGUUGAUGGCUAAUAGCUUUAGAAACCCUUGGCAAAACAUUUGAUCGAUCGACUUUGACAUCUUUUCGUUCAUGCCAGAGUUUUAACCUUCAAAACUUCAGAUUUUUAUCCAGUGAGGCAUUUUUACCAGCUGGCACAUAUCUGUCAUACAACCAAUCAUCCUCUUUGUUUAGCAGCCGUAUUUUAGUGCAGCAUAUCAUAAACCCACAUAUUAAUGAUAACUUACUCGUAUUCCUUAGUCUAGAGAUCUGCUUAACAGGAAUUACCCAUGGCCUUGAUGCUGGGUGGCCAUUUGUGCCCGGUGUCCUUUUAUCCCAAGCUGUCCAAGGUGUCUGACAGGCUCCUUCUGUCCUGCCCCUGUGCAGAGCAGAGCCUGAUAAAACAACUCCUGCAGCUCACACUAGGACCUGUGUAACUCAACCUUACCGUCAGUACAGCACAGAGACAUCUAAUUCUGCAAAAUAGAAGGAAUAGAUGAUUGCACAAGCAGAUACAUGCAUAAUUUUAUAGUAAAACAUGCAGAAAUUUCGAAACAGCGUUGUUAAUUAGGUCAUAUGUUGUUAAUGACUUUAUAAAGUAGAGAUCAGAGGAAUUAAAGAAGCUUUUUCUUUUUUUCAUGGAAGCUAUAAAGUUCAAGGCACAUUUUCUGUUCUGCUUUUAAAUUAUGAGUUAAGAUUAGAGCCUGAAAAAUGCAAUAAUAUUCAUAACACAAGUAAAUGCUAGUUAUUUAAACAGGUAGUUAUCAAGUGAAAGGUUUGAGCCUUUCUUUUAAAUAUUGGCAUGUACAAUGUGCAAUAAAACAUACGUGACAUUUUGUGAGAUUAUUUAUAAUACACUUUUGUGUGGAGGAGAGAGGAUUGUGCAGACUGCAUAGACAAUGUAGGGGUUAAAAUAGAUCUGUGUUGUUAAUUUGCAAUUUUUAGAGUGUACACUACAGUUGUCAAUUUGGGAAGAAUACUUAGAAUUAAAAAAAUAAAAAAAAAAAAUCCUUAAUUUGGGGUCUGUAUAUAAAUUGGUAUCACGGUAAUAAAACUGUUCUAAUUCUGUGCUGUUUGGUACUCCUAUGUUAUAACCAUAUUUUUGUACUCCAAACUAUUUUAUAUAACUCGUGUGCCUGAUGUAAAUGCGUGCACAGAAAAUACAAUCAAGGGCCGCAUUAUAAACCUUCAGUGUAACUGAUUGCACUUAAUCUUUUAUAAGCCAGAAGCAUUAGCUGAAAUCCUUGAGAGGAGAGAUGCUUUUCCAGAGGGAAGGAACUGCUCACGUGAAGGGUUUGUGGGAUGUGACUGUGAUUUGUCGAUGCGAGGACAGCGGAGAAAGCGCGUUGUAUUUUUACAGUCUGAUCUAGGACAGAUUAAGACCCUGGCUAUCUGAUGUGCAGUGCUGGAAGUCCAAGCAUAAAUAAAAGAAAGAGAAAGAAAA